CUGGGUGACCGACUGGACAGAAGGGAGACCCUGCUUCUCGUCCUGAGCCUGCGUCCCGUCAGCUUGUGGACAUGUCUGUGGAAAAGACGACAAAAGUCGAAGAGAGUUUUCAAAGGGUCCUGGGAUUUAAGAAGAUGGUUGACAGGUGGCGAAACUCACGCGCUCGCUCUCUGUGGCAGACGACACUAAGCCAGAGGAGAAACCUGUAUGCUGCCCUAAGGAUGCAGGACACCAUGGGACAGGAAUUGGCACUGGCCCGUAAGCAGCUACUGAUGGUCCGUCAAGCGGCCCUGCACCGGCUGUUUGAAAAGGAGCAUCGGCAGUACCAGCAGGAACUAAAUCAGAUGGGCAAAGCUUUUUACGUGGAGAGACUCUGAUGGCAUCUGAAACAAAGAUGGCUCUUAAAGGCUCAAAUGUAGACAGAUGGCUCAUUCUUCAGUCCUAAAUCUUGACUUUUUUGAAGUGUUUAUUCAUAGCCAUAAUCUUAAAACAGCUUCUUGGGUUUUACUCACCGCCUCUUAGAUCU